ACAGAACACUUCUUCAUUUCCACCUCAGUGGUAGGAGGUGUUGUAUGAGGUUUUUGGUUGCUCUUGCUUGUUUUGAAAGAGGAUCUAAAGAGGGGAAUAACCUUCAGAUGGUUCUGGCCUGCAUAGACAAGUUAGGAGGUGGAAGGAGAGGUGUCUGUGAAGAAAAGAGAGUUAAGCCAGCAGGCUAAGGUAGUUGAGCAGGGCACGUGUGAGAGGUGCAAACAGGUGGAGCAGCUGGGGGGCCCAGCCUAUAAAGCUGGAGGAGAGUGAAGGUGCUGCGAGCAGGAUGGCUUCAGCUGAGAAGAGGCAGCUACGUGGGAAGAGACGUGGUGCUGGGCAGCACAUGGAGGUAGAAGCUCAGGAAAUGAAGGAUUCUGUUAAAAGCCCAGACUACACAGAAAGACUGGCACAUAAAUACAUGUGGAAAUGCACAGUAGAGUCAAGUACGGAGGAGUCUGAGUCUGAAUCCAGCGUGGAGGUCACGCCUAAAUCACUUUCUGGUGGACUCAAGAAUGCAAGGGGCUCUGGGCAUCUGCAGUUUUUAGAUCCCUAUGAUGGUGAUUCAGAAGAUGAAUCCAUUCACUCUGACUGUAGCUUGAAUACUGUAAAUAGGACCAAAGUUGCUCCACAGGCCAACAGUGUCCCAAAAGCCAUGGCUUUGGAAGAUGCUUAUGCAGUAAAUGACUGCAAAGUAUCCCUGGAACCUCCUAGCCAACAAAAGGAUUUCCCAAGAAGCCAGUUGCAAUCAUCUGAACUACUGAGAGCCACAGAAGCGUUUACCUCCAUGUGGCCGAGACACGACCCCUCCUUAUUUGUGAGCAUUAACCCUUCAUCCUCUGCAGAUCUCCUUGCAAGCCCAGGUAACAGUGCUCUACAACCCAUACUAACAGGUGACUGUAAUGGCACAAUGGCCAAACAGCCUCUAAUUAAAAGAAAACAAGGGAUUCCCAUUCCAGAAAGUGCUAGUAAAAAACUGAAAGGCAAGAAAUUCUGUGCAACUUAAUCUGAGGGACAGACAUUUGGACAAAGUGAUUGUUCUGAAGAGUGAACCCGGCAAGAGAUUCCUUUUGCAGAUGGUACCUGAGCUGAGCAAGCUUUACAUAAAUUAGGUCAAGCCUGUUACAAAUGCAGCUACCCUAGGUACUGGAAGCUUUGAAAUUCACAUACAAAGGUGGAAUCAACUGAACAAGCUUGUGUGGCAAUUUAAGUGAAAAUUAGCUAAAGUGUGCCCGCAGAAUCACAGCUGCGCUUCAUGGGUGGGUGCUGCUUUGGUGUCUAGGGUCUCUUGAAGCACCAGGGUAAUUCCUGUAUCUAGUACCUGGAGGUACCUGCUCAGUUUCAUUGUAAUUUCAAAGGAGGGGGUUUCAAACGAGUGUGGAGGGAAGGACUGCAUGUUUGCAAUUACUUAUAGCUACAGUUUACCUCCUGCCUGCUGCAUGGUACUGUUUAGCCCUUCCUAAGUCUGACCUACCACAUGAGAGGAAGGCACUAGCUGUGUGGUGCAUGAUCUUACCAGUUUGCCUACAGCCAACUGGACUGCAGAAAGUUGAAUUGACUAUAACUGAAGGCAAUCUAGUUUUUGUCUUUUUUUUUUCCCCAAGAGGGAGACCUGUGCCUUUAACAUAUCUGUUCCUACCUGCUUCAGGCAUAGUGUUAGUAUACCUGCCAGUUAGAAUUCACAAUGUUAUGUUGACCACAUUAGCUGAAAAGACUCUUCUUUAGUGAGAACAACCACUUACAGUUUCAGACUAGAUGUCAAUUAGAGUCUGGGUAGCCCAUGUGGAAGAGGACCUACUACCUACCAAAGUAUGCUAUGUUGGUACCAAGUACCUGUGAAAAGUGUUCAUAUUGUAUGACUGGCAGAGAUUUCUCAUUUGCAAUGUUUUUCAUAAGGUGGAAAGCCACUCAAACUAUUGUUUCACUCCCAGCUGUGGACAUUUACUUUAUGGAAGCAACUUUGCUCUCAUCCUUACCCACAGCCUGGAGAUGUGGAGGUGGCUUUUAGUGUUCUUAUCAGGUUGAUUUCCAAGGUGAUUAAGAUUUAGAGAAUUUUGCCUUAAGCCACAAGCUACGUUGCUUGCUCUCUGACUUUACCCAGCAGCUAAGAAUGCUACAGUGAACACUGUGAUGUUAACUGCAGGAAAAAAACCUUAUUCUAGCUACAGAUUUGUGGGUACUGCAACCAGGCCUCUCCUCUAGUCUCUAGAACUAAGGCUUCUGAAAAGCUUGAAGAGGAUACUGUGAUUCAGCCCUGUAUCAUGCAAGGCAUACACACCCUUUCAAAUUCUAGUUGUCUGCUGAAUGAUCUUCAGCCACCCCAUCUGAGGCUAAAUAAAAACUCAACAACUGCCUUCUGAACUGCAGCCAAGAACCCUGAGGUAAUCUAGUGAGGAUUUUGCUUAAGUAGGUUAUUUAACAUGGAAUACUGGAAUAAACUGUAAGGGAACAUUAGGGGAGAAAUAAGCCACAGGAGCCAGUACAUACUCAGACACUGUCUGCUUAUUCAACACAAGGCUCUCAACAAUGGACUGACCUCUGACUGGAAGACACAGGUUUGGGAAGCUCUAGCUAACUCCAAGCAUAUCUGAGACUCUCUUGACCUCAUCAUUGGUAUGUGCUAAUAGGUAGAACUGGUUUAACUGAUGAUUUUUAUAGCUGCAGGCCCAGGUGCUGACCUAUGCACAAAAUGUAAUGCCAAAAGAAACCUGCAUGUUCACUUGCACUAGUGAACAGGCAGAGCCUGUACACAGCCAAGCUAAUACUUCACACCUGCUGUUCAGAACAGAUUGCUAGCAAGAGGUCUGCUUCCUUACUGUAGGUAGUAUUUGCAAUGAACCCAGAGGAGCCACAAUAUGAAUUCCAGAUACUAACAGCCUAGUGAUGAAAGAAAAGUAAGUCAUAGGAGCUGAAGCAGAACAAGAGCAUUAUGUUACAGUUGAGUGAUCUUGGAGGGUGCAUGUAGCUCCCAUCUCUGUGCCUCACAACUUCCCUCAAGCACAGGCAGUAGACAGAUUAAAUGAUGCACUGGUCUGGGAUGCACUCUUUGUAGUGUAAUAAAACUAGCCAAGAUAGUUCAGCUUGCAGUGAUUAAGUUUACAAACCAGUAUGGAAGAGUUACACAGCAAUUGUGUUUCAGUAGCUUAUUUCAGCUGAUGCCUGCUAGCAUGUGAAGCAGGCUAAAAGAAGUUUUCCUACCAGCACAAGGCUGUGCUGUAUCACUGCUUAACAGAGGAAAAAUAGGAAAGCUGAUGGAGAAUUGAAGUCACUGCUAUCAAUGAAAUCACUAAAAGGAAGCUCCCAAAAAUGUGUGGUUUGAGAGUGAAAAGCUACACAUUUGCAUUUUUUUAUGCAUGUUUGAACACCUGACAUCAGCCAGUUAAGAGGAUGGUGAGAAGGGCAGAAAUGCUUACCUGAUAGAAAUACACAAACCAUUAAAGCAACUCAAGCACUAGCAGGAAUUCUCAUCUUCUCUAAUGUGUUAACAGUUGGUCACAUGUGAAUCCCUGAAAUAAUACUGUAACUCCUUAUUUAAGCCUGGGAGGAGAGUAACGAGACAUGAACUCAAAUGCAGCCUAAGAGGAAGGCCUGUGAUCAGGACAAGAAAGCUUGUUUAGGAUACUCUACCUUCUGAAUGCUUCUCAGAAGAUGUGUAAAUGUACAUUACUUCAAGCAAGGACAAGCUCACUGCAAAUAAUUCACACAAUAGCAUCAGAUUAUCA